AUGGCGGCUCAGGGAUUCGAAGGAAGUUGGUGUGAAAUUGACACCAAUGAGUGUAACUCAAAUCCAUGCCAGAACCAGGGCGACUGUGUGGACCGGGUCAACGGCUACGGCUGUGAAUGUAAGAUGGGAUUUUCUGGCCUUCACUGUGAGGAAGACAUCAAUGAGUGCACCUCUAGCCCGUGCCACAACUCUGCCAUUUGUCAAGACCUCGUGAACAAGUUCACCUGCGUCUGCCCCCCUGGUUAUUUUGGAACGCUGUGUGACCUGGAUGUGAAUGAGUGUGAAGUUUCACCUUGCCUACACGAGGGCAUCUGUAUCAACACCCUCGGGGGCUUCGAGUGUGUCUGUCGCCCUGGAUACUCAGGGGCACGGUGUGAAGUGAACAUCGAUGAGUGCGUUUCCAACCCAUGCCAAAAUCAUGGGAAAUGUAUCGAUGCGCCUAAUCGAUACCGCUGCUCGUGUCCUGAUGGCUUUAUUGGGCUCCGCUGUGAAACCAACAUUGAUGAAUGCCUGUCAACGCCCUGCCUCCAUGGGAGCUGUGAAGAUGGAGUAUAUUCCUACUCCUGUGUAUGUGAAUCUGGAUGGACUGGCAGCAGAUGUGAAACAAACAUUGACGAAUGUGCAUCCUUUCCCUGCUUUAACGGAGGAUCGUGUGUGGAUCUCAUUGAUAAAUAUGCAUGCUUCUGUCAGGAUGGUUACAAAGGGAAAAUGUGUGAGAUUGAUAUUGAUGUCUGCAAAGACACCACUUUUAAUGUCUCCCUGUGUUUCAAUGGAGCUACGUGCCUUGACGGUGAGGGAUCAAACUUUACAUGCAGCUGUCCACCAGGUUUCAUGGGAGAUUUCUGCGAAGUGGAUGUUAACGAAUGUUGCUCAGCUCCCUGCCACAACGGUGCCAUUUGCCAAGAUCUUAUUAAUAGCUACAUCUGCCACUGCAGGUCAGGUUGGACAGGCCUUCACUGUGAGGAUGACAUUAAUGAGUGCCUUCCCCAGCCCUGCAACCAGGGGAUAUGCAUUCAGAAUGAUCCGGGCUACGGCUACACCUGUUUCUGUCGUCCUGGAUUUGUGGGGAGGAACUGCGAGCACAACUAUGAUGAUUGCCUGUUGAAUCCAUGUCCAGAAGCCUUUUCCUGUGUAGAUGGCAUCAACAAGGUCAGCUGCCUGCCUCCUGUUACCGAUGCUGUUCCCUUGGCGACGGUAGUAAAGAACACCACUCGCGGCUCCUCACCUAGGAUGCCCGGCCCGGCAACGGCAGCUGAGGAAUCCACAGAUUCAAGCUAUGUUCAUUACUUUGGGAAUUCAUACCUGGAGUUUGAGGGUAUUGACCUCAGCGCACUCAACAACAUCACUGUGAGAUUUCAGACGCAAGUAUCUCAGGGAACCAUACUUUAUGUGGACCAAGGACCGGCCAACGGUGAUUUGUUUUUCAUGAAACUCUUCAUCUUGAAUGGAAGCUUGCAGUACGCCUUUUGCUGUAAUGAAGAAGAAGAAGAGGUCACACGGAUCAGUACAAUAAUUCAUGUCGCUGAUGGCCAGGUUCACAUUGUUAAUAUCAGACAACACCUGACCCCCUGUGAGGCAGAGCUAACUCUUUCUGGUCAUGAGAAAAUCAGAAGUACAGCAAGUAAUUACUGGUUGGGACACAUCAUACAAAGAACAAACCACGUCUUCACAGGCGGUCUGCCACAACACUAUCGACUCAAUCAGAGAGCAAAACCUUUCCACAACUAUACUGGAUGCAUGGAAAUGAUUGAAAUGAAUAAACUGAGGAGCUUUUACACAUCUGAUGCCAUUGGCGGCAGCAACAUAGACCAAUGCAGAUUUGCUCCGUCUGCCAUAGAAGACUCCUCAAAAAGUUGGACAAAUCAAUCCACCAAUCCUGACAGAGUGACCACAACAACAACAACAACAAUGGCAGCUCCUGCACAAACUCCAAAACAACUUCUGCAUGAACCUGGAGUUUGCUUUGAUGGUCUUUGCCUCAACGGAGGAACAUGUCACGAUGUGCAGCUGCCUGCUGGAUCUCUGCCUACCUGUCAAUGCCCGCUUCAUUUUACGGGAACUUUUUGUGAGAAAGGUACCACAGUAUACAUACCCUCAUUUGAUGGCACAUCUUAUUUGGAGCUGCAGCCCCUUUCAUCGUAUCUCCAGCCUUCUGGUGCCACUGAUAAUCUCCCUGCUACGCUCAAGGACACCACUGUUAUUCUUAGUUUGACAGUGAAAACCAGAUCUGCUCAAGGAACAAUCCUCUACAUGAACUGUGGGACAGAAAGAUGA